GCGCGGCAGCUCGCCAUUCUCAAACAUUAAUCGCCAGGACAAAUCAAAACAUUUUGUUCAGCCGCUGAAUAGCUUUUGUUCAUCCUACGGAGAACCACAGCUGAUCCCAGCAGAACUAUCGAGCCAGCCGACAUGGCCUCGUCCGUGAGUGGAACGGAGGAAGUGCGCGUGUCGGCGUUGACGCCCCUGAAGUUGGUGGGUUUGGUGUGUAUCUUCCUCGCGUUGUGCCUGGAUGUCGGGGCCGUGCUGAGCCCGGCAUGGGUUACGGCUGAUGACCAGUACUACCUGUCGUUGUGGGAGUCGUGCUGGAAGCCUGUUACCUCCGAGACCUGGCAAUGCAGCAGCACACUGGAGUCGGACUGGCAGAUUGCCACAUUGGCCUUGUUGCUUGGUGGAGCUUUCCUGAUUCUUCUCUCUUUCCUGGUGGCCCUUGUGUCGAUCUGUAUCGGCUCAAGAAGACGCUUCUACAGACCAGUUGCAGUAAUGCUCUUUGCUGCAGUGGUGCUCCAAGCCUGCAGUUUGGUCCUUUACCCUAUCAAGUUCAUUGAAACCAUCAGCUUGAGAAUAUACCACGAAUUCAACUGGGGCUAUGGCUUAGCCUGGGGAGCUACGAUCUUCUCUUUCGGAGGGGCUAUCCUUUACUGUCUGAAUCCCAAGAAUUACGAAGACUACUACUAAAGCUGCUUGACAACUAGAAUGCUCUCAAUGCACCCCACCCCCAAAAAAAAACAUCCUGUACACUGUUUGUGAUAGAAGCUCAUGCACUGAACUUUUUUCUCUUUACAGAACUGAUUAGAAACUUCUAGACACAUAUGUACACGCACUUGUAAACGUAGACAAAGGGUGUGGAAUGAAACUGACCUCACUACGCGUGGAUUAAAAUCAGUCCAUCACGGUCAUCUUAAGCAUUCACAGAACUUCCAUUCGGUCGCAACAAUCAUCUGGGUCUGUUGUAUUGUUGUUUUCAAGUCUUAUCUUUCCAUUACAGUAUCAUUCAAUGAAAGUGUACCAUUAAACUAUCACUCUAUCCAACUUUCUUCCUGCUUCAUUCUAUCAUUCUCUCUGAUCAACAUCUGACCAUCACAUUCUGCCUCAGAUGUCAGGUUCAAAGUCUCACUGGAAUAGAUCAACCAUGUGAUGUGAUCUCCAACAGAAAGCUGCAACUGUAGUAAGAUUCGAAAUUCCAGUUUUGAGUUUUCUGCAUUUUUUUCCCCCCAAUAAUUAAACAGGGUUAGCACUGUAGAUCUGAAAUGUUGA